AGACGUCACCGCGGCAGGGUCGUCAAGUGCAUGGGUCGGAGAAAUUGCCGCGCGUGUGUGAAAACAAUCAAAAGAGAGGGGAGCAGGAACAAAGAAAGAGAGUUGUCUUCCUCCGGCAGGUACUGUGUUGUGCACCGAACACGUGUGAGUGUGCGUCUUGUCUUCGGUGAUCUAGAAAACGUGCCGAACGUUCGGGUGAUUCCUGCAAUGUCACGAAAUUAAAUCUGACAGGAAGAAAACCAAGUUUCUUUCAAGCAUUCAACUUCAUCCUUGAACUUGCAACUUUGAAAAUAUAUUUAUGCACCACGUGCUGUUUUCUGCAUCUAAAAAUUCAUAAUUGACAAUACCAGAGUCUGAAGUAGCAUGCCAAAUCAAACAUGGAUUAUAAAGAAUAUCAUUAUCCUUCUUCUUGUUGGGACGUUGAAGUCCGGUAUUGGAAAUCCCAUCAGAGACAGGUCGAAAAGAGAAGCGGAAAUAAUGGCAACCAACUGGACGCAACUUGCCGACGAAUGGUUCGCUGCCAGAGCAAGAGUCGCAGAAAGAUUCGAUGUUACUGUUCUGCCUCUGACUGAUAAACUCAGAGAUCUACCACCAACAGCUGAGACUGUGGUCAUUAAUGGCACCAGUCCUGACCAACUUACACGGUAUAAUUACUCAAGAAUGCUAUGGGAAAUGGAGUCCGCCCAGUCGAGUGGACAUCUCUCAGGAUUUGUAGAUAAAGCUCUAAAGUUGUUAGAUUUAAGGCAAGUAAUGAUGGAAGUCGAGACGUCGGUAAUGUCAAAAGUGUCCUGUACAGCGUGCAAGGUUGGCGCGGGUCUUCUUCAGCAUUACACCAAGGUCGGCAAGAGCGACGAGGAAAUAAUGAACAGUAUUUACCAAUUUUGUGUAUCUCUUAAUAUACAAAGUCCACGGGUAUGUCAAGGAGUGACGUUGCUCUUCGGGGGUGAAGUCAUCUAUGUUUUGAAACAAGUUAAUAUGGGACCAAAUCAGAUUUGUAGCUUCGUGAUCGGCGAUGCGUGCGACGACGCUUAUAAUCCUCUUCACGAAUGGGAAGUGGCAUUCCCGCCGGUGAACAAACCACCUGUUAAACCUCCUAUACCGCCUCAAGAAGGUGCGCCGACCUUCAAAGUACUUCAUAUAUCAGAUACCCACUACGAUCCAUAUUAUCAAGAGGGUGCCAAUGCGGAAUGUAGCGAACCAUUAUGCUGCAGAUUGACCAACGGAGCACCCCUGACUCCGGCCGCAGCUGCUGGCCGAUGGGGUGACUAUAGAAAAUGUGACACCCCUAAAAGAACCGUUGAACAUAUGCUCAAACACAUUGUCGAUACACAUUCUGAUAUAGAUUACAUACUAUGGACCGGUGAUUUGCCACCACACGACGUAUGGAACCAAACGCGAGAAGAAAAUCUGAAAGUUUUGCACGAAACGGUGAACCAGCUCAUUGAAAUGUUUCCUGGAAUACCGAUCUUUCCAGCUCUUGGAAACCAUGAAAGUGCUCCAGUUAAUAGCUUUCCACCGCCGUUUGUCCCAAAAGAUAACGACAUAUCGUGGUUGUACGAUGCACUGGAUAAAAAUUGGCGACGUUGGUUACCAGCCGGUGUCUCGCACACGGUCAGACGCGGUGCAUUUUAUUCGGUCCUAGUUCGUCCUGGCUUCAGAAUUCUCUCUGUGAACAUGAAUUAUUGUAACAAUAAAAAUUGGUGGCUGUUAAUAAAUAGCACAGACCCGGUCAGCGAAUUACAGUGGCUGGUGUAUGAAUUACAAGGUGCCGAGAUGAACGGCGAGAAAGUUCAUAUUAUCGGUCAUAUACCACCUGGACACUCGGACUGUUUGAAAGUCUGGUCUAGAAAUUAUUAUCAGAUCAUAAACCGGUACGAAUCAACAAUCACGGCCCAAUUCUUUGGACACACUCACUACGACGAAUUUGAACUAUUUUAUGAUGUCGCUGAUUUAGGAAGAGCUGUCAGUAUAGCUUAUAUAGGGCCAUCGGUUACCCCUUAUUUUGAUCUCAAUCCAGGGUACAGGAUAUACUAUGUAGAUGGUGAUCAUGCGAAGACUACUAGAAUGGUCGUGGAUCACGAAAGUUGGGUAAUGAAUUUAAAGGAGGCGAAUUUGUACGAUUAUCCCAUUUGGCAUAAAAUGUACAGUGCACGACAGGCAUAUCAAAUGCCGUCGUUAUUACCUAAAGAUUGGGAUUCUUUGAUAGAUAAAAUGAGUAAUGAACCAUCGCUCUUUGAUCUUUAUUAUAAAAAUUAUUAUAAAAAUUCUCCUGUAAGACCGACGUGCAACGACGACUGUCGAAAGCGAUUGCUUUGUGAUUUGCGAAGUGGAAGAAGCCACGAUCGCAGAGCGUUGUGUCAGAGUCUCGAGUCUAGGAUAGAUGGUGAAACAAGGACAGGUUGGAGGGCAUGGAUCUACAAUGGACUAGCAUUAUCGUACGUACAGAAUUGGUGGAUUCGUUCUUAUUCCGGCGAUAUCGAAACAAACCGGGUUGACGUUUAAUUUUUAGAUAAGUUUAUUGCACACUUAUUGCUCAAAUAUGGCUGUUACCUAGUGGUUAGUAAAUGGAUACAUGCUUUUAAGUACUAAUACACAUUACACGCAACCGGAGCACUUACCUGAGAAGAAUAAAUAAUCUUUCUGUAUAUAGAUUAAUUAGGAGUAUGUACAAAUUUUCUUUUUUUUUUUUAAUACUUUGUAUACUCCUAAUAUACUACCUAUUAUUCAUGGCUAUUAAUAAUUAUCUUCUAAGGUAGCGGACACCUCUUUCUGUGGCAAUCGUUAUAUCCGAAUUUUCUUUUUUGUUAUUAACUCUCGAGUUCGUUGUUUCCAAAAGAAAAUUAAAUAACAAAUAAGAAAUAUAGGUAACGAUUGUCAAAAAAGUAUUCAUUAUGCGUAUAGGUACAGAAUUUAACUUUUAAAAUAGCUAAAUAUCGUUUCAAUUAUUCCAUUAUAUUAUUAUUACAAUAUCUAUAACUAUUAACCAUAUUUUAUAACACUCUAAUCUUGAUGACAAUACUUAGAAAUUAAGUUCUUAAACGUGUUGCAACAAUUAUUGUAAAUUAACUAAUCUGCACAUUGUAAAUAUGUACACAAUUUACUGUCUGUUUAAUUCUUCAUUUGUAUUUCCUUGUCUUGUUCCGAUAAAAAUGAUUUAUGUAACCCACCAGAGAAGGUGGCAACAAACUGUAAUGAGUUCGAAGUUUCGUCUAUUGAUGAUUAAUGAAUGCAUGCCAACAUGCUGUCUUAAUAAAAUAAUUCAAUGAACAUAUUACAUCAGAUACAUAUCUUAUUCGAAUGUUCCAGAGGUUUCCUUGCUAAGCAAGUAGCUUCAUAAUUUUUGCAACAGAAAUCCAGUGCGCAGCAUUAGUAUAUAUUUUAUUCCAGAUUAUACCAAAGAAUAUGAUAUUAAAAAAAAAGAUUUUGUUAUUAAUAUAGAUGCAGUGCAAACACUUACGAUAGAGAUAUUAAAUGUAAUUAAAUUAAUGCUUGUAUAUUUUUAACGCUGUUAUAAAUUUAUAAAAAUC